UUAGUGCGGGGCAAGACGCGAGCGAGCACUCGCAGUAAAAAUAAUAAUAAUAAUAACGCCGCAUCGUGUGUUUGAAAAGCCUUUAUGGUUGUCCUGGAUUAUACGUUUCCUGUUCCUAUAGCUGAGGAGACCUCAUUUGGAUAAUUAAGUGUCGUGGUGAAAUAGGAGAACGAGGAAAAGGGGGGUACUCGCCUCCUCUCCUUUGCCACAUGGAUCUGCCACCCCUUCUGGUGGCGGUGGACAGAUCCUCUCUGUGCGGGGUAGUGCCGAGAUCUGUCCCAGUCAUCCCAGAUUCUUGUUUAGAUUUAUCUGAAAGGGGGGGAAAUGUGCUUUUGAUACCUUUGCUACGAGACGUGUGUGAACAACCUGAUUGUAAAUAGGGGCAGACUCUGCAUCCCACAUGAACUACGAUAAUCCUCCUCCUUACCCCGGCCCGGGCCCGACUGCCCCGUACCCACCCUAUGCACAGCAGCCGGGUGGCCCCCCCGGCCCCUACCCCGGGUAUCCCCCCGGGCCGACCGGGCCCUACCAGCCAGGCCAGCCGGGUUACCAAGGAUAUCCCCAGUACGGAUGGCAAAAUGCACCUCCACCUCCAGGACCGGUGUACGCCGACGGGCCUAAAAACACAGUGUACGUCGUGGAGGAGCGGCAGAGGGACGACACGGGCGAGAGCGCCUGCCUGACAGCCUGCUGGACCGCGCUGUGCUGCUGCUGCCUCUGGGACAUGCUGACCUGAGCCCCCGCCGCCCGCAGAGCGCUAUGCAGCCUCCCCACUCCUGCCCCCCGACUUCUCUUUCUGUUACUGUAAUCAACUGCUCUGCUUUGCACAGCCAAGAGGUUCCCGUCUGUCCGUCCUAGCGCCUUGUCGGGGGUGGGGGGGGGUGCGACUCCUUUAUUUUAGUAAAGGAAAAGGAGAAAAAAAAAAAGAUCCCUUUUUAACAUUUCUAAGACUUUUGUUGUAACUUUGAAGAAUGUGCUGAUGGUGUAUUUCAGCCAAAGGCAUUCUGAUGAAAUGUAUAUUUACCAGUUGAGAUUUUCCUAGCCCUAGAGACGAAGACGUACGCAAUAAUUAAAGCCAACAGUUGAUUUUCUUCGCUA